UUUCUGUCACUUCUCCCAACUUUCUGUCUCCCUUCUCUCUCUUAUAUUAAUCACUCGUUCGCUCGCUCCCUCACACACCAUAAUUCGCCUUUCCAACGCUCGCCGGAAAAUGCCUCACUCCGCCGAGUUCAUGCUCUUCGGUGUCCGAGUCGUCGUCUACUCCAUUAUGAAUAUCGUCAGCGUUAACAACCUCUCUCAGUACGACCUCCCUCGCGACGCCUCCGCCGCCGCCAAAGACGACGCCGUCGUCACCGCCGGCUACGCCUCCGCCGACGACGCUGCUCCGACCAACUCCGGCAAGAGCCGCGACCGCAAGCGAGGGAUUCCGUGGACGGAGGAAGAGCACAAGCUGUUCUUGGUGGGGUUGCAGAAAGUGGGGAAAGGUGAUUGGAGAGGGAUUUCAAGGAACUAUGUUAAAACGCGGACACCAACACAGGUUGCUAGCCAUGCUCAGAAGUACUUUCUCCGCCGCACCAACCUCAAUCGCCGUCGCCGUAGAUCUAGUCUCUUUGACAUCACCACGGUCUCGGUUUCUACAACCCCGAUGGAGGAAGGACAGGUCCAGCAUCAAGAUGACGUGUCUCUUCUGCAUCCGGUGUACCCUGUAACCCCUGAAGGAAGCACCAUGAAUGGAUUUCCCAUGAUGCCCUUGUAUCCGAAGGAUGUUGGUUCUGGAGUCAUGUCAGUUCAGGGUGGGAAUCCAAUGGAAACACUCACUUUGGGACAAGGAAAUGUGGAACAGAAUGGGCCAAGUACUAAGCUAGUUUGUACCACCCCUAUUGUUCCAGAUCAUAAAUGCUCAACAGUGUCUGAUAUCACUGCCAGUUUGAGUUCAUUUGAUCCACCAACGCUGUCUCUCGGGUUAUCUUUGUCAUCUAGUCAAAGACAGACAUCAUCAAGACAUUCAGCUUUACAUGCACUUCCGUGCUUCAACAAUGGAGAUAGCAUAAUAAGUGUUGCUUGAGAAAGCUAGCAUAUAUCUGUGGCCCCUAUCUAGAGCUACUUUGGAUUCACAGAGAUGUUUAUCUCUAAUCUCCUUUCUCUUUUGGUGGGAGAAAGAUAAAAGACGUAAAAGGAAAGGACGAUGAAUUAGAGAAGGCAAGGUAAUAAGUAACCAAUUUGAUCCUUCUGUUCCUUGUACAGACCCUGGAAAGGUCCUGUCAUGUUUUUGUUUAUUGUCUACUAGCCCUUUUAUGUUUGUAGUUACUAUAACUGAAAAUAACGAAGUACUUCCACUUAAUUAUAUAGAUGAAUUUGAUGGUUGGCACUGUAUGCCAUCUUGUUACCAUAUGGACACAACUUUUUUUUUCUUUUUUUUUCUUGGUGAAUACAUAACCUAAUUUACUCUUGCCGUUUA